AUGAAGGAAAGCUCAACUGACAAGGCCUCUAAUAUAGAUCGCAUACGCUCUUGGGCACGAGGUCACGCGUAUGGAGGCUCUACACGUUCCACCGCGUCCAACUCUAACCCCAUCCUUCCCAUAAAUAAUACACAUACACAACAAGAUCCGGAGAAGAUCCGCCAUGUUAGCGGUACCGGUUCUGACGGCCAUCAGGGCCUUUCUAAUGGCUCCGCGAAAUCUCAGGACGCCCCCAACUUCGGAACGGAUACCCAGAAUGCCGAUAGGCCGGCUCCGUCAACAUCUCAAGUGGAGGGGACGGGGUCUGUCGUAGACGAAGACGGUACCAAGAAGAAGAAACAAAAUGUCGUCGUCGAAACCUAUCACGAAUUAAAGAAAGUGAUCCUACACAGCUGGAUCAACCUAUUCUUGGUAUUCGUACCCGUCGGGAUUGCUAUCGCAAACAUUCCGAACAGGAAUGCCGGAGCUACUUUCGGUAUUAACGCUGUCGCCAUUAUUCCUCUUGCGGCACUCCUUAGCCAUGCUACCGAGUCUGUCGCCCGCAAGAUGGGCGAUACCGUCGGCGCGUUGCUUAACGUAACGUUUGGUAAUGCUGUCGAACUCAUUAUCUUCAUCGCUCUAGUUAAGGGUGAGAUUCGCAUCGUUCAGGCCUCCCUGCUUGGAUCGAUCCUCGCAAACUUGCUCUUGAUUCUAGGCAUGGCCUUCUUCCUUGGUGGUCUCCGAUUCCGUGAACAGAUCUACAACAGCACAGUGACUCAGAUGAGUGCCUGUUUGCUAAGUUUGAGUGUGAUUAGUCUCAUGUUACCGACCGCAUUUCAUGCUUCCUUCCGAGACAAAACAGAGGCUGAUAACGAGUCUCUGAAGAUCAGCCAUGGUGUUAGCGUGAUUCUUCUUUUGGUAUAUGUCGUGUACCUUCUGUUCCAGCUGAAGUCUCACGCAUAUAUGUAUGAAUCGACUCCUCAACACAUCAUCGAUGAGGAAGCAACACCUGGCCCGGCUGCCGCAUGGCUCGAGUCCUCUGAUUCCGACUCGAGUUCUUCGUCGGACUCGGACUCGGAUCACUCUGGCCAUUCGAGGGAAACCAUGUCCAAACGUGUUAAACGAGCCAUCCGUGGACAUCGCCGCAGAAAAUCCAGUACGGCGUCUGUAGACACUGACGAUGGUGAUCGAACUCGUACCUCGUCUCUCGGAACUAAUAGCGCUAGUCCUAUCCAUGAGGGGGGUUCUAAGUCUGGUGAUUCUUUGCAAGGCCCCCUUUCUUUCCCUCGAAUGAACUCCACUGGUACCGAAGAGGCUAUCGAGGAGGAAGAUGAAAACAAGUCCCGCCGUAAACACAAGCGCUCCAAGCGUAAGCACCGCAAGCGAGAUAGGAAGGCGUCAACUGGUGUCGAAGGAAUUACUCAACCUCAGAACAUUGCUGGUGUUGGACCGGAUGCCGUACAGGAUCGUGUCGCGAGUAAUGGAGAGCCCCGCCGUGUAGACUUUGCUGACACAGUCGCCAAUGUCGAAAGCGAACUCGAAGUUACUCCCACAGGACCUAGACGUCCCUUCAAUAACUUGCGUGUUCUUUCAUUCCGACCCGUGGCUAAGAGCCUGGCACCGCCUGUCUUCACUUCGGACGUUGGAGCUGCACCUGCGGCAUCGGUUGGACCCGUGCCGCGCGUGAGAUACGGCAUUCGCAGGACCAACUCUCUUCCCGAAAGACUUAACCAGUACCAAUACCGACCACCCGGAGCCAUGAUGCCUUCUCAAAUUCCUAUUUCUGUCCUAACUGGCGGUACUGGAGAAGAAGGCAAAGAGCACGGAGACGACCUUUCACGUGGCGCAGCCAUUAUUAUGUUGCUGUUAUCGACGGCUCUCGUAGCCGUGUGUGCCGAAUUCAUGGUGGAUGCCAUCGAUGAUGUGGUCGCAAAUAGCGCUCUCAAGGAGACUUUCAUCGGUUUGAUCAUCCUGCCUAUUGUCGGUAACGCAGCGGAACACGUGACGGCCGUCACGGUGGCUAUGAAGAACAAGAUGGAUCUGGCAAUCGGUGUAGCUAUUGGCUCCUCGAUUCAAAUUUCCCUGUUCUUGACGCCUCUGGUGGUUAUCAUCGGCUGGAUCAUCGGACAACCCAUGACGCUUUACUUUACCCUUUUCGAGACCGUUUGUCUGUUCGUAUCGGCCUUCAUCAUCAACUUCUUGAUUCUAGACGGCCGAAGCAACUAUCUCGAGGGUGCGCUGCUUUGCGCUACGUACGUAAUCAUCGCGGUUGUGGCGUUCUUCUAUCCUGAGGGUGACGCCGCAGGUACCCUAGGCGCUUGA